GUUAUUUAAUCUGUAGAAUUGAGUUGAUUUUCUUCGUUCAUUUUCAAUACUAUACUGAUCGUGAAACAUCAUGGCAAUUAGUAAGUCCACAGUGUAAGUUUUACCCCUAAUUUUCUUCGUUCAUUUUUAAUAUUGAUCACGAAGCACCAUGAGCAACAGGAUGUUAAGAUCAUAGUGUAAGUUUUACACCAAAUUUUUGUUGUUUAAUUUGUAUAUGUGAGUUGAUUUUUCUUCAUUUAUUUUCAAUACUGAUCAUGAAACAUCACGCAGCAACAAGAAGUAAAGCACAUAGGAGCAGAUGAAGAAAUCAUGGAGCUAAUAUGGCAAAAUGGUCAAGUAACUAUGCAAAGCCAAAAUCAAAGAUCUGUAAGGAAAUCUCACCUUUUUUCCGAGCAAUCCGCCGUAGAAGAAACGGCAGCAGCUUCAUCUCCACUGUUUAUACAAGAGGAUGAAAUGGCCUCUUGGCUUCAAUCUCCACUUGAAGAUUCCUCCAUCGACGAUUUUCUAUAUACUACGCUGAGCUGCGCCGCAGCACCGCCGAGAGAAAUUGGUACUUCAACGGUGGAGAUCCGUCAGCCUCCGGUUCCGCCUUCUGGAAGAACGAUUGCAUCGUCUCCACGGCCGAUUAUACCUCAAUUGAGAUGUACUGAGGGUGAAUUACCAGAUCGAUUGCAGAAUUUGGGGCAUUUUUCACGGUUGCCUAAUGAAGCAAGUUUACGAAAUGGUACUACAUCAACUUCAAGUCACUCGGUUAGGGCAUCGAAGAUUAUAGAUUCAAACGAGACUCCGGUCGCAGCAAUACCUGAAUAUAUGGUUGCACGCGUAUCAGAUAAUGUAACACCAGAUUCCGCCGUGAAUGCCAGAGGUGUGGAAAUGACGGCGACGGCGACGGCGACGGCGACGGCGACAAGCAGCGGCUGUAGGGGAGUGACAACGGCAAGCGAGUUGACGUUGACAACAUCUACAAGUGGCUCAGGAGAUAGUGUAAGCGCCAGUGCAGAACCGCCACAUCCGUCGCAUAAGGAGGCGGCGCAUGCGGCGGCGGACGAUCGGAAACGGAAAGGUAGAGAAUCGGAUGACAAUGAAGGUCUAAGCGAGGAUGUUGAGUUUGAGUUUGCUGAUGCAAGGAAGCAAGUUAGAAGUUCUACAUCCGCAAAGAAAUCUCGCGCAGCAGAGGUCCAUAAUCUUUCUGAAAGGAAACGCCGAGAUAGAAUAAAUGAGAAGAUGAAGGCUCUACAAGAACUCAUACCACGUUGCAACAAGUCAGACAAAGCUUCAAUGCUGGAUGAAGCAAUUGAGUACCUUAAAUCAUUGCAAUUGCAAGUACAGAUGAUGUCCACGGGAUGCAGCAUGGUCCCUAUGAUGUAUCCUGGCAUCCCGCAAUACAUGCCAACAAUGGGAAUGAAUAUGGGUAUGGGGACGAAUAUGGAAAUGGGCAUGCACCGGCCAAUGGUGCCAUAUACGCCACUAAUGCCAGGUCAAGCAAUACGGAAUGCAGCUGCAGCAGCACAAAUGGCUCCUCAAUAUCCUCUUCCGGCAUAUCAUUUGCCACCAUUUCCUGCACCUGAUCCAUCCAGAAUCCCAGUUGAGAACCAGCCAGAUCCUCCGAGGCUAAACUCACAUGCUGAACAUAAUAUUAAUCAGCCAAGACUUCCGAAUUUAAUUGAUCCAUAUCAUCAAUAUUUUGGUCUACAGCAGGCACAACUGAUGCUAACCCAGAAUCAGGGAGUGGAACAGCCGAGCAGCAGUAAACCAAACAGCUGCAUAGAAGGAAGUGCAGAGAAUCAUCAAUCUGGUUGAUUACAAGGCGGAGGAUCGACCACGAGAGCUUCUCCCGACCAAGUUUUGUAGUGUAAGAGAAACAAGAGUGCAGUCUACACUGGCUGACUACUACAGUAUAACAUCACUAAUUUGUAAUUAUAAUGACAUGAUAGAACUAGUAUUGUGCUUUCUAUAUUAUAGAUCUUUAAAAUCCUUUUCUAAGAGAACUAAUAUUUAUUGAAGUGUGUCACCAUUUCAUCUUCAGAGAAAAAUAUUUAAUGAAAGAAAUGAUAUUUGUU